CAUUAAUCUUAGUUCCCUCAGCCUUGCAACUCACACUUAGGUUUAUUAAAUUUCCAAAUUUUUCUUAUGGUUUAGAAUUUUUUUUUAUUUUUCGAGAAUGUCUAAAGGUACAGGACCUUUGUCGAAAUUAUACAAUGCAACCAUAAGUGCUGUAGAUAAGGUUGUUCCCGUCGCGGCUCAGCCACUUUGGAAUUCCCCAGCUGGUCCCCGUACUGUGUUCUUUUGGGCGCCGGCGUUUAAAUGGACCUUGGUGCUGGCUGGACUGAGUGAUACCUUGAAUCGUCCUGCUUCAAACAUUUCGCUGAACCAGAGCGCCACCCUGGCGGUCACGGGUUUAAUAUGGUCGCGUUACUCAGUGGUUAUAAAGCCCAAAAACUACAGUCUUUUGGCCGUUAAUAUAGCCGUCUUUUUCAUUCAAGCUUUUCUGGUGGUCAAGCAUUUGAAAUGGCGCAGCGAUCAGAAUACCCGUAAUACGGUUUAUAAACAUUCUAACUUUCCGUUCACCUCGGAGGAUGAUUGGUAAAAAGUCAAGGCAUUUGAUGAAUUCCGAAGUCUUGUAAUAAAGAAGCAUUUCUUUCAAAGAUAUAAAAUAAUAGAUUACCGGUCGUUUCUCAAUAGUAUCAUAAAUAAAAAAUAAAUAAAUAAAUAAAAAUUACAUUUUUUCA